AUGUCCUUCGAAUCCCCUCCCUCCCUUACCACUUCUCUCCACAACACUCUCCUCCACAUCUCACAAAACCCAUAUCCAUACAUACCUAAUCCACCAAAUUGUCCCAGGCGCGCAUCAGUAGCUCUAGUAUUACGUAUUCGUCCUUCUCGCAAUGACCUUCCUCCUACGGCUCCUCAAAUCUUUCCAUAUCCAGAACCACCAACGGACCAGCGACUGGCAAAUUUCUUUGAACAAUCAUGGGUGAAGAACGGUGAUCCUGAAUUGUUAUUUAUCAAACGCGCAGCAAGAGAAGGAGAUCGAUGGACGAGUCAUGUCGCGCUACCGGGAGGAAAGAGGGAUCCUGGUGAUGCAAGUGAUAAAGACGUUGCAGUGAGGGAAACGAGUGAGGAAAUUGGGUUGGAUUUAAGGGGGGAGAGAUGUGUAUAUGUUGGGAACCUGCCUGAGAGGGUGGUUUCUACAAGCUGGGGAUCAGUGCCAAUAAUGGUACUUUGUCCGUUCCUCUUCAUCUGGAUCUGCCCAGCAUUCCCACCACUCCAACUACAGCCCGCUGAAAUAGCAUCAACACAUUGGGUUCCCCUCCGAGUCCUUCUUUCGCCCUCAGUCCGCACAUACGAAUAUGUCAAUGUAUCCGAUCGAUUUGCCAAGCAAGGGGGCAUAGUAGUGAAAACCAUAUUGAAGCCGAUCAUUGGCAAAAUGAGGUUCUCGGCCAUUCGAUUACGACCCAGUGAAUCAUUGUAUUGCAGUUCAACAAAGGAGUAUUUCUCGGAAGAAUCGCAACCUAAGAAAAGCAUCUUUGAAAGAGCUUAUACUUGGUUCAAAGGGGGGGAGAAAGCACAGAGCGACAGACCACUCUUACUUUGGGGGUUAACCUUGGGUAUGGUGGCUGAUUUUAUCGAUCAAUUACCGCCUCACGAUUCGGUUGAGUUAUGGGAAUAUCCCACUUUUACUUCACCAGAUAUACGAAUAAUUAUCAAUUUGCUCACACGAAAUAUCAAGAAACGAAACACGGAACGAUUACGAGGGAGUGCGCACGAUGGGACUGGUAAUCAGACAGCAAUGGAUGGAGAAACAACUGCUGUUGCGAUGCUUGAAAGUGGAGGGCCAUUAAUAGGAAAGAACAAGACGAAGGAACAUGCAGUAGGCAUUAUGUUAGAAGGAUAUUAUGAUGCAAUGAAGAAAGGCGUUUGGAUCGGUGCUGGCAUAAGAUUAGUGUCAACGCUGGCGUUGAUUGUAUGGCUUGUUAGGUGGUAUAGAUUGAGGAGCAAUAGGGGUAGAUGA